AUGGAACCAACAUAUUCAAUACCAAGUACACCACUAAAGACCCCAAUAAGAAUUACAGUAAAUAAUGGUCAUAAUAGUGGUCAACAUUCAUUAUCAUUAUCAACAUGUAAACCAACACCAGAACAAAAUGCAUUCAAUUUAAAUAUGUUUAGCGAAAAGAAGAAAAAUCAAUAUCAAACACCAAAAUGUCCAUCACCACCAUUAAAAUCAACACCAGCAAGUAGAGUCAAUAGUAAUCUACCAUUAAUUCAUCAUAUAUCAUCACUAUCAAUGUUUUCACCAACAACAUCAUUAUCUGAUUUCAUGAAUUGUGAAAAUGGUGGUAGUAAUAAUAUUGAUUUUUCAAGUAGUUUUGGUAGUAGUAGUUUAAAUAGUAAUAAUACACUUAGUAUUAAUAAUAAUAAUAAUAAUAAUAAUAAUAAUGGUGGAUAUAAAAUACCAUCAAGUGUUAAUAAAAAUAGUAAUAAUUAUAAUAGUAAUAGUAAUAGUAAUAGUAGUAAUAAUGUUAUUUCAUUAUUUGAUAAGAAUUUUGAUGUAGUUUGUAAAUUAGGUAGUGGAUCAUUUUCAGAUGUUUUUAAAGUGAAGAGUAAAUUUGAUGGUAAUUCCUAUGCCAUUAAACAGGCAAGACAUCAAUUUAGAGGAUUUCAAGAGAGAGAAAGAGCCGUUAGAGAGGUUAAAGCAGCAGUAUCAUUACCACCCCAUACAAAUGUUUUACAAUAUUACAGUAGUUGGGAACAAAAUAAUACACUUUUCAUUCAAACUGAACUUUGCGAAAAUGGUUCACUUCAAGAUUUUUUAGAUUCACUUUCACCUGAUCAAAUACUAUCUGAAGAAUUAAUUUGGAAUUUUUUACUUGAUGUUUGUUUAGGAAUUCAACAUAUACAUUCAUAUAAUAUGUUACAUUUAGAUAUAAAACCAGAGAAUUUAUUUAUUUCAUCACAAGGUAAUAUAAAGAUUGGAGAUUUUGGAAUGGCUGUAAAAUUAGAAACAACAAAUAAUAAUAAUAAUGGUAAUGGAGGAUGUCAAUCGAAUAAUACAAGUAUGGAUAGUGAUUGUAAUAAUUUAAGUUUGGAUGAAGAUGAUAUAUUUUUCGAUUUUUUAGAAGGUGAUAGUAGAUAUUUAGCCUACGAAUUCCUAUUGGAUAAAAAACAGAUUAGUAAACCCUCUGAUAUUUUCUCAAUUGGUGUCACUUUCUUUGAAAUGGUCACUGGUAAUGAAAUGCCAACCAAUGGUCCAUUAUGGGAACAGUUAAGAAGUGAUAAAGCUAUUGAUUUCCUUGAACCUGGUAAAUACUCUGAUUCACUUUAUCAAGUAAUUCUAGAUAUGAUGAAAUCAAAUAUAACUGAAAGAAUAUCUUUAGAUCAAAUUUUAUUAAAUGAAAAUAUUCAAUUAGUUCAACAAAAACGUUUAAAUCAAUUUCAAAAUAUUGAUAAUAUUGAAAAUGAUAAUAAUAAUAAUAAUAAUACAGAUAAUAAUAAUAAUAAUAAUACAGAUAAUAUAAAUAAUGAUAAUAAUGAUGAUAAUAAUAAUAAUAUAAAUAAUUAUAAUUUAAAAUUAAUAACACCAUAUUUUCAAUAUCAAAAAGAAAGAAAAGAUGAAGAAUUAAAAGAGAUAAUAGAAUUUGGAGAAAUACGUGAAAUUAAAGAAAAGUUUGAACAUCAUCAAUUUGCUAUACCUACACCACAUUUUGUGAGAUCAAAUGCUGGUCGUUCAAGUAGUUCAUCAUUAUUUAGUGAUGAGGAAGAAGAUGAUGAUGAUGAUGAUGAUAGUGGUAGAGAUUCUCCAAUUCAUUUCAGUUUAAAUAAUCUUAAUAAUAGUAGUAGUAAUAUUGGUAUUAGUGAGAGUAAUAGUAACAAUUCUUUCUCUUCUAUUUUAGAGGAAAAUAAUGAAUCUUCAUCAUCAUCACCCCUACCUUCUUUAUCAUUUUCAAGAAGACUGUCAACUUCAUCAUUGGUUACAACAAUCUCUCCAAAACCAAAUUUUAAUACAAGCGGUAAUAAAUUAUUCUCAAAUGAAAAUAAUAAUAGUAAUAAUAAUAAUAAUAAUAAUAAUAAUAAUCAAAAUAAUAAUAAUAAUAAUGGAUUUUAUGGUUUCACAAAUAAUGGAAGUUGUAAUAAUUUGAAUAAUUUGAAUAAUUUGAAUAGUAGCGGUGAAUUUAGUAAUAGUAGUAAAAAGAAAUUAGGUAAAAGAGGGUUACCUUUACUCGAUGUUGUUAAUGGUGGAGGUAAUAGUGGUUCAAAGGUUUGCGCAAUUAAAAGAAGUUUCGAUUCACAUCCUCAAGAGAGUGAUAAAAUGUCACCAAGAAAUCUUUUGAGUCUUUUCCAAGAAACAAAUUAA